AUGAUACCGUCGACGCUGCUGUUGACGUGGAUCAUGGUGAAUUCCUUCAACAUGCUCGAAUGGAGUGCCUCCUUUGACUUGAGCGAUUACCGAAAACACCUCGAUUUCGACUACUUGAUGGCCAUCCUGGCGUUCGCCGUCCCUUGGCAACGUUGGUACGACGGCCGGACCCUCGACUUCCGCCAGGUGGCUCGGCGACUGCCUUGGGGAGCGUUCUUGCUCUACCUCAGUAGCCUGCAGCUCGGCUUCGUCAUCAAGGAGUUUGGGCUGGCAGCGUGGAUUUCGCGUCGAGUGCGCUCCAUCAAAGCGCCCAACCGGCACUUGUCACAAGUGGUGCUGACUGCCUGCUCGGCACUCCUCACCGAGAUGACCGGUGACGUGGCCACGGCCUCUUUGCUCAUGCCCGCCGCCGUGGACGCGGCGAUCGUCAACAGGUGCCACCCGCUGUACUUUGCGGUGCCCGUGCUCGUGGGUUCCUCAACGUCGAUGAUUUUCCCCGUGGGCUCCAUGGCGCUGGCGCUGCUCAACGGCAUCACUGGCAUGGGAGCCAGGGACAUGGUUCUUACGCGCGUGUCACAGGUGGUGACUGGACUGGUGACCAAGGCAACCGCUAUAACCAUAGUGCUCAUGACAGUCAACACUGUCGGAUAUUACGUCUUUGAUUGGAAGGAGGCCCCAGCAUGGCUGGACUCACCAGGCACCGGCACCAACGGAAAUAAUUCCGUCAGUCUGGAUGAUUUCGCUCACGUAGACUUUUAA